UCUUCUUUCUUUCUUUCUUCUCAUUUUCCAAUAUGAAUUCACCAUUACCACUAACAAAAGAAAAUUUGCUCAAAUUGCAAAAUCAAAGCAGUGUACAAAAAGAUGAAAUUUUGAAUCGUUUCUAUCAAGGACUUACCAAGAAUCGCCGUCAAAGAUGCCAGUCAAAUCCACACAAAGAUGAUGUAGUUGUUGCAUCGCCCUGGGUAUUGCCCUUUCCGUAUCAUAACGACUCUAUGUUCCUUCCAACGGCGGAACAUAUCCAAUACAAACAACAUAAUGCAUCUAUUAUCACAGCUACUUACUCUUCUUCUUCUUUGUUGGAGUCCAAUUUGACUAAAAGAAGACCAAAAUCUACUCCUGGUGGUAGCUACAGCACAACUAUAUGUUCCUCUCUUAAAAAGCAACACCAAAGAAAGAGAAGAGCACUGAUGUCCCAAUAUGAGUCUGUGAUGACAGAGAAUCAAGGAAGUCUAACAUUAAGCAGUUCCUUGUCAUCUUUAUCAUCCAACAGUAUACAAGAAAUAACUAUGCCGAUUACUAAGAAGUCUUGGUUAUUAAAGCGAUUAUUGAGAUUAUUUAAAAAGCAAAAGAAGCAUACCAAUGAUAACCAUAGUACAGUCUGGUACUGUCAGUAUACAAAUAACCCACCCAUGAACUUCAAAAAGUACUAUCAAGAUCCCCCUACGAUUGCUGUAUAAUCUCAUUUAUUAUCUAUAAUUGCUAUAUACCAAAAAAUGACAGCAUUUCUAAAUCAUCUAUACCACUGUACCAUUAAAUAAAGAUAUAUAUUAUUGUUGCACAUAGCUGAAAACAAACAAGUUAGUAUGCCUUCUUUGUUUAUUUGUAUAAGUCCAUUUGCUUGUUGAGUAAUUUAUGAGAUGCUGGUAUAUACUCUUUCUUCUAUUACGCCUUGUACCACAAAUAUUUGCUUCUGUC